AUGGCUGGAGGCGAUGGAUAUCCAGCUUCCCGUCUGGGUUCCCGGGCUGACACGCUGGGAUAUCGCAUGGAUCCCCAAAGAGCGAAGUAUGAAGCUGAAAGAGGCAAGUCUUCCCAGCGGUCAUCAGAAGUCCUGAAGGAAAUCCUGAAGGACCUGGACAAGGCAGCGCUUGAGAUGGACCGUGAGACUGCGGAGAAUGAGGCGCUUCAGGAAGGAGGCAGUCACGCGGUGCCAGUCUCUGAUGACAGAAGAGGGGCAAUUCAGUCAGUGGAGGUGCCAGGCGUGGAUGGCACGAGAAACAGAAAUGCUAUGGAUCCAAAAGCUUUCCAGAAGUACUGCAUAGAAGGCGCCGUGGCGGUCGUGGGCUCCAUAUUGCUUGGGAUGGUUUUCUGUUGUGUGAUCCGCCUGUGGAGGAAGAGAAGGCGGCGCCUCGCCGCAGCUUCGAGAGCCCGGCCCGACACCAGCAGCUGCCCCUCACACCCGGACACCUGGACUGCCCACCCCAGCACCUCCAAGAGCUGGACCCAACACCAGCAGCCGUCACAUGUGCCUGGAAAAGCGGCCCACCAGCCACGGAGCACCGGCGGGGAACCAGCCUCCACCAGCCCGGACGGCCGCCCGGCCCGCCCGCCUCCGCCCCGGCCCAAAUGGCUGUCCAACUCAGCCAGCCAGGUGUUGCGGGACCGGCCCAGCACCCUCCGGGCCCCGGAGAAACGGCAACCACCCCCUCGCCCCCCAAGCCCAUUUCUCCAGCCCUCCUGCAAGGGCCUGGGGCAGUCCCGCCAGGAUAUGGAUUUGGGGAGCGACGGUGAAUGCGAGGGCCUAUAGGGGAGUGACAACAAAUAUGUUUUCCUUGGAUGACAAGGUCACGGACCUAGUUGGCCAAGAGAAGCCAGCUGAUGUGAUCUUUCUGGAUUUCAGUAAAGCUUUUGAUACUGUCCCUCACAGUCUCCUCCUGGGCAAAAUGUCCAGCACACAGCUGGAUAAACGCGUAAUGCGGUGGGUGAGCAAUUGGCUGGGGGGUUGGGCUCAAAGGGUUCUCGUCAGUGGGGUUACAUGGGGCUGGUGGCCAGUCACUAGCGGGGUUCCACAGGGAUCCAUCUUGGGGCCGGUACUCUUUAAUCUCUUUGUAAAUGACUUGGAUGCAGGACUUGAAGGAACGCUAAUUAAGUUUGCUGACGACAAACUUGGGAGGAGCUGUUGACACUCCCGAGGGCAGAGAGGCCCUUCAGAGGGAUCUGGACAGACUGGAGAGCUGGGCAACCACCAACCAUAUGAAGUUCAACAAGGCCAAGUGCUGGGUUUUGCACCUGGGGCAUGGCAAGCCUGGAUGUACAGACAGCCUGGGGAAUGAGAGGCCGGAGAGCAGCUCUGUGGGGAGGGACCCGGGG